UCUUUCUAGGACCUUCUGAACCUUGCCUCGUUGGCGCUCGCGCAUACAUGGUGCAUAUACGAUUUGGUGAAGAAGCAGACGAAGGAAUGGCGGGUGCCAGUCAAGCGCAGCCGAGCACGUCUGCGCCCGCAGCGCCGCCGGGAGCGCUCAAGCUACCACAGUGCUGUGGUUCUGCAAGAGUAGACUUUAAUUUCAGCGACCCAUGCUACGUCUUCCGGGCGGUGCCCAACCCGGCGAGCGGAUUGGUCGCUGCCUCCGUGUCAAACCACACCAUAAAGCUCUACCAGCCCACCGGGCCCCAGCUCUCGCUAGUUGGCGAGUUGCGAGGCCACACAGGCACUAUCACAGACAUCUCAUUCUGCGCCUCCAGCAGUCCCUCGCUGCUGCUAUCCUCCUCAGCGGACGGCACGGUGGUGGCAUGGGACACGCGGACAGGCCAGCCCGCGGAACGGUACGAGGUGCGCGGUCAGGAGGUGUUCUCCUUCUCCAGCCUGGGCCACAUGCUGGCGGCGGGCAGCACCGGCGAGGUGCUGUUUUGGGACCGGCGCCAGGGCAGCGGGAGCAGGACACUGGCCAAGCUGGAUGACACACACAUGGAGGACGUGACGCAGGUGCGCUUCCACUCCAGCGGGCGGGUGCUGAGCGGCUCCACGGACGGCCUCAUCGCGGUGCACGACGUGUCCAAGUCCUUUGACGAUGACGACGUGUUCCAGGCUGCCAUCAACAUCACCAACUCGGUGGAGGAGUUCGGCAUGUACGGCAGCGACGGCGGGCGGCUGUGGAUCCGCACCGGCACGGAGAGCGUGCACCUGUGGGAGUGGCUGCGCGCCACGGACGAGGCCGUGCCCGGAGGCGACAUGCAGUUCGCGGACUUUGCGGAGGCACGCAACACCGCGUCGCAGGCGUGCGCUGCGUCGGCGGCAGCCAGCUUGCUACCGCAGGUGGACUACCUGGUGGGCUGCCACUACGACGCCGCCUCCAGCCAGCUGUUCCUGCUGGCCGGACACAACGACGGCCCCGUGGCCUUCGUGCCGGUGCUGGAGCAGGCGGGGCCGCAGGGCAACAUGGUGGCAGCCGCCAUGGCGUGCCCGGGCGUGGCGCUGGCGGGCGGGCACAGCUCCAUUGUGCGGUCGGUGCAGUGCGUGGGUGAUGGGAGUAGUGGCGUGUUCGCGGUCACGGGCGGGGAGGACGCGCUUGUGUGCAUGUGGACGUUGGAUCCGGCGCUGGCGGCGGCGGGGGCGGCGGCGGCGGCAGCGGGUGGCGGCGCGGCGGGCGGGCAGCAGGCAGGCGGCAGCGGCGGCGCAGGGCCGGCUCGGCAACACGCGCACGGGCAAGGGCAGCCGGGCGGGGGCCGGGGAGGGGGUGGCAGGCAGGGCGGCGGGCGGCACGGGAAGCAGCAGCAACAGCAGGGUGGCAAGAAUCGGCGGCCGUCACCAUAUUAAGUGUGAGUGCGGCUGUGAUAUGUGAUCUAGACUGACCUCACUAGCUUGCUCAGUUGGGAGCUUGACAAUGUACUAUAGCAUGGAACUGCGCGCAUGUGUGGCUGCAGCAUGGCAUAGAGGGUAAUAGUGAUGGCUGUUUGCUGAGGAGUUAUCGGCGGGCCCCUGAAUUGACAGAUGUUCGGCGUGCGUGUACCUAAAUUGCUGUGGAAACAUCAAUAUAUGACCAGCCCACCGAUGCACGAACUGUACUGCCCUGAUUAUACGAAUCCACACCCCGCGGUAUCGUGUGUUAGUAGCACCAGGG